GAUGCGGCGGCGCGGCGCCCAGGAUGCCCCGCAGCCCCGGGACGCGCCUCAGACCUGCCAAGUACAUCCCGGUGGCCACAGCCGCUGCGCUGCUGGUCGGCUCCAGCACCUUGUUCUUCGUGUUCACGUGCCCGUGGCUCACACGAGCUGUGUCCCCUGCGGUUCCUGUCUACAAUGGCAUCAUCUUCCUGUUUGUCCUGGCCAACUUCAGCAUGGCCACCUUCAUGGACCCUGGUGUCUUCCCACGAGCGGACGAGGACGAGGACAAGGAAGACGACUUCCGGGCUCCACUGUACAAGAACGUGGACGUGAGAGGCAUCCAGGUCCGCAUGAAGUGGUGCGCCACGUGCCACUUCUACCGCCCGCCCCGCUGCUCCCACUGCAGCGUCUGCGACAACUGCGUGGAGGACUUUGACCACCACUGCCCCUGGGUCAACAACUGCAUCGGGCGCCGCAACUACCGCUACUUCUUCCUGUUCCUGCUGUCGCUCAGCGCACACAUGGUGGGUGUCGUGGCCUUUGGCCUGGUCUACGUGCUGAACCACGCUGAGGGGCUGGGAGCCGCCCACACCACCAUUACAAUGGCGGUCAUGUGUGUGGCUGGCCUCUUCUUCAUCCCCGUCAUCGGCCUCACCGGCUUCCAUGUGGUGCUGGUCACGCGGGGGCGCACCACCAACGAACAGGUGACGGGGAAGUUCCGCGGGGGCGUGAACCCCUUCACUCGCGGCUGCUAUGGGAACGUGGAGCAUGUGCUGUGCAGCCCCCUGGCACCCCGGUACGUGGUAGACUCGCCCCGGCUGCCACUCACCGUGAGCCUGAAGCCGCCCUUCCUCCGGCCCGAGCUCCUGGAGCGUGGUGCACCCCUCAAGGUCAAGCUUAGUGACAAUGGGCUGAAGGCCGGCCUGGGGCGCAGCAAGUCUAAGGGUAGCCUGGACCAACUGGACGAGAAGCCGAUGGACCUGGGGCCACCCCUGCCCCCAAAGGUGGAGGCAGGGACCUUUAGCAGUGACCUGCAGACCCCGCGCCGGGGCAGUGCCGAGAGUGCCCUGUCCGUGCAGAGGACCAGUCCCCCGACACCCGCUAUGUACAAGUUCCGGCCCACCUUCUCCACAGGGCCCAAGGCGCCCUUUUGCAGUCAGGGAGAGCAGGUCCCAGGCCCGGACUCCCUGACCCUAGGGGAUGACAGCAUCCAUAGCCUGGACUUUGUGUCCGAGCCCAGCCUGGACCUCCCUGACUACACGCCUAGCGGCCUGCACACAGCCUAUCCCCCGUCGCCCCCGCUCAGCGCCGCCGAUGCCUUCUCAGGUGCCUUGCGCACCCUGAGCCUCAAGGCUGCAGGCCGGCGGGGUGGGGACCAUGUGGCCCUGCAGCCCCUGCAGCCCCUGCGUGCUGAGGGCGGGCCCCCCACACCCCGCCGAGGCCUCUUUGCUCCUCACGCGCUGCCCAACCGCAGUGGCAGCUUGUCCUAUGACAGCCUGCUCAACCCCGGCUCACCCGGGGGCCACACCUGCCCAGCCCCCCCCUCGGCCAGCGCGGCUGCCUACCGCUCGCCCUACCUGCACCCGGGCACGGCUGGCGAGCCGCCUCGGCCCCCGCCCCGCAGCUUCAGCCCCGUGCUGGGCCCCCGGCCGCGCGAGCCCUCGCCCGUGCGCUACGACAACCUGUCCAGAGCCAUCAUGGCCUCCAUCCAGGAGCGCAAGGACCGGGAGGAGCGCGAGCGGCUGCUGCGCUCCCAGGCCGACUCGCUCUUUGGUGACUCGGGGGUCUACGACACCCCCAGCUCCUACAGCCUGCAGCAGGCCAGCAUGCUGUCCGAGGGCUCCCGCGGCCCCCCGACGCUCUACGGCUCCAGGGAUGACCUCGUGUCGGGGCCUGGCUUCGGGGGUGCCCGCAACCCUGCCCUGCAGGCCUCGCUGUCCUCACUGUCAAGUGCGGUGAGCCGCGCGCCGAGGACGUCCUCCUCCUCCUUGCAGGCCGACCUGGCUAAUAGUCAGGUCCCAGGGCCCCGGCCGGGCAGCGGCUCACACAGGUCACCGGCACGCCACGGACCGCCUUCACCACCCAGCACCCCACGCUCACCCUCCUACCCAGGCCCCAAGGCCGUCUCCUUCAUCCACACGGAUCUCCCAGAGACGCCGCCCUCACUGGCUGUGCAGAGGGACCACCCUCAGCUGAAGACCCCCCCAAGUAAGCUUAAUGGGCAGUCCCCAGGCCUGGCCCGCCUGGGGCCUGCUGCCGGCCCUCCAGGGCCCUCUGCCAGCCCCGCCCGGCACACACUCGUUAAGAAGGUGUCCGGCGUGGGUGGGACCACGUACGAGAUCUCGGUGUGAGGACUGACCGCCACCUGCCUGCCACGGCGCCACAGGGACCGGGACCCCCCAGCGGUGGCCCAUCCCCGACUUCUCUGCCCCAGGGAUGAGGAUGAGGCCCACGCCUGGUGUGGACACGUCAGUAGGAGAGAGAGCGCCUCC